AUGGCUACGGGCCGCCUGUCAGCAUUCCUUGACGCCAUCGAGAACACUAAAUCGUCAGUUGUGACGCAGGAUUCGUGGGUUCAACGCCUUUCCGACAGACGCAAACGUUUGGAGCUCUAUGGCGAUAACACAUGGCUCAAAUUAUUUCCACAGGGGUUUACCAAAGCCGAUGGUGUAUCCUCCUUUUUUGUUAGAGACUUUUACGAGGUACGUGCUGAACUUGUGGAAAACGAGUAUAUCUUGAGAAUGAGAAAUGAUAUUAUGCUGGAAAGUCUGAACUAG